AGAAUGCCGGCCACGUGGGCGGCAGACUCCGUACUCUCCCACGUGAUCGCGACUGAGUUGUUCCGAACUUCAUAAUUGGAUCAUUUCGAGGCGGCCUUGGGUUUUCUUACCAAGUCUUCCUGUGCUGAUAAGUACAUACCAUGGACAUCCACAUCCUUUCUGGCUCAUUCACCUCUCUUUCUCUUUUCCUCCUCGCAUUCUCCCCCGUGAAUCGUUCCCUCCGGCUUCUCCGAACUAUACCCGCCUAUGGACCGCACCAGUAUAUUGCUCAGACCCCUCAGGCUGUAUACGCAACGACAUGGGCGUCUCCACCAGUCCUACAUGCAUGGGCUCUGCCUUCUCUGAACCACAUCGGCAGUGCGCCAAUCACAGCGACAUCGUCAUAUAUCGCCACCCUCGAUUCUCAUGUAUACUCCAUGGGUGGGCCCACAGGGGAAGUUCAUGCUCUCGACCCGACUUCCGGCGUCUGGGGACAGAAAAUCCAAGAGGUCCUGUUCGUCGAGCCCGACGAGCUGGAAGAGGCUGAUAAGACGCGGAAAGCGUUAAGAUACGGCUCUCAUGCGAUAGAGUUCACGAGCGAUGGGAAUUACGGGUUUGUUCCGGUCCUCGGCAUAGCCAAGGGACAGGCCGGAGAUGGCCCCCGGCAUGUGAAAGUGCAUCCAAACGGAGAAGUUGUCUACUGUGUGGCUGAACACAGUAACAAAUUGGACGUGUACACCUUCAGCACCACACCUGCACCUUCUCUCACGCUCGUCGCUUCUCAGCCUCUCUACGCCUCCGGUUCAGCCCUGUCCUACCGGGGUGACACCCUCUUACUCACGCCUUCAGCCAACCAGAUAUUCGCUACCACACGCGGGGCGACGUCCCACGAUCCAGAGUACUACGAGACCCCAACUUCAGGAGGGAAAGCCCACGCUAUCGACCUACUCUCCAAGUCUACAUCAUCCUCCCCAGACCAGGAGACCUUAUCUGUUCCAACAGAAUCGGUCUGGAUACUCCUUACUGAUGACGAUCCGUGCACCCAAACUGCCGAGCCCUGCGCGAGUGUACGCAUUCUUGAAUGGGAUGGCUGGGGUACAGGUGGGAUACAUGAAGUUGUUGCGUACGCUGGGACAGAGAUGCAGGGUGGAAGCCACGCUAUCUUCUUGCACGAACACGCCACUAUUGAGGGGGAAGCGCCUCAUGAUGAAUUGUAGAGUUGCCGAUGCAUGUUGGAGCACCCGAUCUUAUUCACUCUAGCUUCCUACUGGUCAACGCAUCAGAAUAUUUUGUAAUAAAUCGAAAGGGAAUCAGAUUGAUGUUCAACCGUGAAUGUAUCUCUAUUUAUGAGAACUUGACUGCCUUCUUCAAAGAAAGCGAUGUCUAGGAC